AGUGAUUUUCAAGCACUCAUAUUUGAAGAUCCCACAAAACCUCUACCCCCGACAAAGGACAAUACAUUGGAGAGACCACAGAAUCCCGAUGGGGUUGGUACUAAAAGGAGCAAAUCUAAAGAUGAACCCGAGGAAUUCGAUAUCAAGAAAGCUCGUAAUGAAGUACUUCGAUUUGCUAUGAAUAAUCAGCGAGUUAUCAAAAACAAAAAGAAAAUGGAAACAUUCCAACUUAUCAAAAUGGGGGCAAAGCCACCAAAGAAAGAGUAUAAAAACUACAAAGAGCUAUUAGGCGAACGUAAGCGUUUAAAGCAAAUUCGGGAAGAGCGUAAGAAAUUCCAUCAGUUGGGCAAAAAUCAGACAGGUGCUGCUUCUGUGAAAUGCCGGAGUAAAUCAAAGAUGGAGAAACAGCAAAAGAAACGUGCUCCUGUAACCGCAAUAGACCAGAAUUAUGGUGUUGUUAAGCCAAAAUUAAAGAAAAAGAAAUGAAAUUUGAAAUAAUUUCAAUAAAGUGAAAAUUAUAUAUGUAA